GUCCCAGUGUAUGUGUGCGCGCGUGUAUGUAUGUGUGUCUUUGCCCUAACAUAUCCCGGCACUGAGAGGGUCCCGUGAACCGAGUGCGCCCACAGCUUCGAGCGGUUCGCGUAAUACCCGGGCCGAGGAUUAGUUGAAUGGAAGCGUAAAAUCGCGUGCCGCGAAGGAGAACGACAGGGAAAUUGUGAAAUUGUGAAACUGCAGACACCGAUUGGCGGGUGGCGAGUGGCGAGUUGGAAGUUGAAUCGAAACGAAAUCGAAAAACGAAUAAUGGCCGGAUACGCGAUGCUUGUACCGCCGAAAUUGCUCCUGAGGAUUUCCAUGCUGCUGUUCCUGUUCCUUCACCAUGUCAAUGCACAGUACUACGAAGGGAGGCGAUUAAAGCCCUGCGAGCUGGAGUCGUUGCUGCGAGAUCUGACCUACCCGGAGGAGGGCUACGAGAUGCAUGCCGCCGCCCUGCGCAACCAGCUGCGCCACAUACUGGAGCACGAGCCGGGCGAGAGCUACCAAAACCUGGACGAGAGCACCGAGGCAGUGGACAAGCGGUCCUACCGGGCCCUGCUGCGCGACGGUGCCGUCUUCGGCAAGCGCAACGUGGGAGCGCUGGCCCGGGCCGGCCUGCUCCGGAACCAGCCGGACCAGCUGAAGCGCAGCCUGGCCACGCUGGCCAAAAACGGGCAGCUGCCGUCGCGGGACGCCGAAUCGGAGGAGACGACCCCGGACGGCGAGUGGACCGAGGACAAGCGCUCCGUCGGGUCGGCCUUCAAGUCCGGCUACCUACUCAGCGGCAAGCGGAACAUCGCGUCGCUGGCCCGCAAGUACGAGCUGCCCGGCAAGCGCAACAUCCAGUCGCUGCUCCGCACCGGAAUGCUGCCCUCGAUUGCUCCGAAGCGCAACAUGCAAUCGCUGGCCCGCGGCAACGCCCUGCCUGACUACGGCCACGCUGAGAAGCGCAACAUCCAGACGCUGGUUCGCGACUGGAGCCUUCCGAAGCAGCCUUCCGGUUCGCCAACGGGCGACAACGAGAAACGCAACAUCCAGUCGCUGAAGAACGCGCAGGGACACGGCCGCAAGAAGCGCGAACUGUACUACGACGAGCUGGAGGAGAGCAGCCCGGAGGUACUGGAGCCGGUGUACCAGACCGCUCCCCAGGACUACGAGGAGCUCGUGGAGGCGAUUGCCCAAACGUACCCACUGUACAGCCGGGCGGACAACCACCUGGAGGAGAAACGUUUCCUCGGGUCGCUCGCCAGAAGUGGAGCCUUGAAUCGGUACCAUCGGUACCACACGAAACGCCAGUAUCCGUGGAGUACGGCUCGUUCCGACGACGAUUCCGACGACGUCGACUACGGCGCCGGUCAACAAGCGGAAGGUGACGGGAGCGACGAUUGGGCCUUCGCUGAGCGUGGUGGGCGCGCGGAGGAUCUGAGCCUGCGAGCCGCCCCGACCAAGCGCCAUAUUGCCUCGAUAGUCCGCUCCGGCUGGGCACCAUCGUUCCGGCCGUCCCGCGGCAACCGCUUCAGCCGGGCCGGAAGGGCGAGGUCGAAUUUUACUCCCGACCCGAGCUACUACGACAACCAACCAGCGGCGUAUGUAGACAGUGCUAUAAUGGAUUCCGGAGCGGCGUCGGCUGGGGAGUUUCCGGGCUACGGGAGUCCGCGUGGGGUGCCACACCGCCCAGAAUUGCCGCACUACACUGGCGAGGGCUCCGCGAGUCAUCCCACCUACCCACGCGAAGACUACGUUAGUGAGCGGGUGAGCCCGUUCUACACCGACGACGAGUACCGUUGCGCCAGCCGGCUGCGUAAGCUGCUGUACUACCUGAAGAAGCAGUACUACAUGGACAACCGGUACAUACAGGCCGUGUACGGGCGCGGCCCGGGCGGACUCUACCAGUAAACUCUCCCGUCGGGCGCCGGCAGCUUAUCGCGGUUCCUCUACAGUGCUAUCGACUUACCUUAGUUUUGUACUCUCGUCCCGCCCGAACUGCUAGUGAACUGACCGGUUUUAAACCCUUGCAACGUACGUUCUCCAUUACGAGACCGGCAGAGUCCGGUCCGAAGACAGACACACCCAGAAGGAAUGGGCUUCCCGUUUUUCUGCAGAGACCACGACUAAAUAUCUAAUACUCUCAUAUCUGUUUGCUCAUAUCAAGUAGUAAAACCGCGCCGAUAGGUGGGAGCUCGGGUUUGCCUCGGGACAGCCGGGAGCCUAGGAGCCUGAAGCGUAUUCUAUACACGAAGAACCACCGCCGGUGGACCGCCGGUGGCCAAGCUUAGAACCUAUAAUCAAACACUCUCAAUAUCGGCGCUACUUUUUAAGCGAUUUCUAAGAUAAGUCCCGUGGCAUCUUCAUACCCACAUACUUUGACUAGCAGUGUAAGGAACCCCACGGACACCAGGCCAGGACCAGACGAUAUUUUUUCCUCCGGGGAGCGUACGC